GCCGCAGGAAUAUGCUGGAAGCCGGCAAGCGGGCGCCCUGGAGGUGCUGAAGGGACAGUUCCCGCCGCCUUACUUGCCCCGCAGCGGGUGAGUGGGUGGGGAGGCCCUAGAGCCAGCUGGGCACGUGAGCGAUGGAGACCAUCUGGAUCUACCAGUUCCGCCUCAUCGUGAUCGGGGACUCCACAGUGGGCAAGUCGUGCCUCCUGCACCGCUUCACUCAGGGCCGCUUUCCCGGGCUGCGCUCCCCAGCCUGCGACCCCACCGUCGGCGUGGACUUCUUCUCCCGCCUGCUAGAGAUCGAGCCGGGCAAGAGGAUCAAGCUGCAGCUCUGGGACACGGCGGGACAGGAGCGGUUCAGAUCAAUAACUCGAUCUUAUUACCGCAACUCGGUUGGUGGAUUUUUAGUAUUUGACAUUACUAACCGACGAUCUUUUGAACAUGUGAAAGAUUGGCUUGAAGAAGCAAAAAUGUAUGUACAGCCAUUUCAGAUUGUAUUUCUGCUAGUGGGACAUAAAUGUGAUUUAGCUUCACAACGUCAAGUUACAAGGGAAGAAGCUGAAAGACUGUCAGCAGACUAUGGUAUGAAGUAUAUAGAAACCUCAGCAAAAGAUGCUACAAAUGUUGAGGAAUCCUUCACUAUCUUGACAAGAGACAUAUAUGAGCUUAUUAAAAGGGGAGAAAUUUGUAUUCACGAUGGCUGGGAAGGGGUUAAAAGUGGUUUCGUUCCAAAUACUGUGCAUUCUUCUGAGGAAGCAGUAAAACCCAGGAAAGAGUGCUUCUGCUGA